AUGGAGUUGUCUAUGUCGAUCACGCGUAUAUCUGUGGAGGAUACUGCUGCUGGUGCUUCUACUCCUUCUGGUUCUAGUUCUGGUUCUGGUGCUGGUGCUGUUGUCUGUGCUUUACUUGCUGGCGAUAAUGAGGGUGAGGAUGCUGGUGGUUGGGGAGAAUUGAAUGCUCGCCGUCGUCGUUGCGCGUUUGAACUGAAAGGGUCGUCCCCGAAUGAGACUGUCGUUGCUGCUGCUGUUGAAGAGUACUUUCGAGUACGAACCUCCUCCGUUCUUCCAUGCGCCAAUGCCAACCCCACCGCCCGCGGUCGUCGCUGUGUCUGUGUCUGGUUGAAAGAUCUGAGCAGGUUCUGGUUCACUAUAUGUACUUUUGGAGGCCGUGCUAUAACUCGAUUGCCUCAAGGUUCUGGGAAGCAGUCGCUGUUGCCGGUACUGGCAAAGGGCGCUGUGCUGCUGCAGGCACACACCUCGGACGGAGGCAUUCCUGCGGAAGAGGACGAAUGGCUGCAUCGCCACACGCUCCAUUGCGAGUUUAGUCUUUUGAGGAGUUGCUGGUUUAUGUCCACUGCGUUUUGGUCCUGA